AUGGCUUCACAGAGAGCAUCAGCACUUCUCAAUGGCCCUAUCCCUGAUUUUCAUUUAAACAGACCAACCUCACGCCCCAAAGUUGUGGUGACAAGAAACCUCGGUCCAGAUGUCAUGCCUCUGCUCCUAGAGAGAGGUGAUCUUGAGGUCGUCUUAUGGCCAGAGGAUAGAGGCUGCGACAGGAACUGGUUGCUCCAGAACGCUGUGGGGGCGACGGCAUUGAUCGUGAUGGUUGGUGCAGAUAAGAUAGAUACUGAGGUAUUGGAUUCAGCUGGACCAAGUUUACAAGUCGUAUCAACCAUGUCCGUAGGCUAUGAACACAUCGAUAUAGCGGCAGCAGUGAAACGAGGUAUCAAGGUGGGGUAUACGCCUGACGUUUUGACGGAUGCAGUUGCUGAUUUGACCGUAAUGCUGGCGCUCAUGGCAGGCCGAAACGUCCGUCAGACGAUGAAGGUCGUUGACGACGGUCAGUGGCCAACAUGUCCCUGGUCCCCAUUCCUUUUCUGCGGUCCCCAAUUCAGCGCCUCCCCCUCUCGCCCAGUGCGCACAGCAGGCUUCAUCGGUUUCGGACGCAUCGCUCAAGCUACAUUGGCACGGUUGAUCCCAUUCGGGUUUACCAACUGUAUCUAUUCUUCGAAUCCCUCCUCCACGCCUAAAACCUCUCGUGAUUUGGAGCUGAAAGCUAAGCUUGGGUUGGCCUCCUUAGCGUCGGUGACCCUUGACGAAGUUGCGGCGAGGAGCGACGUGGUGUUCGUUCUCGCACCUGGGGGUAGUGGGACAAGACAUCUGGUGAAUGAGGCAUUUUUGAGAAAGAUGAAGAGAUCGAGCGUGUUGGUGAAUACAAGUCGCGGAAGCUUGGUGGAUUCGGAUGCCUUGGCAAAGGUGCUGAGUGAGGGCUUGAUUUGGGGAGCUGGUCUGGAUGUAGUGGAGGGUGAACCACAGGUCACUGCUGAUCAUCCGCUGGUGAAGGAACCUAGAUGUGCAAUUCUCCCUCAUAUUGGAAGUGCUACACUUGAAACGCGGAUAGAUAUGGCGAGGCUGGCAGCAGAGAACGCGUUGUCUGCCAUCGAUGGAAAGCCUAUGCCAGCUUCUUUGAACCUUCCUAGUUUGAGUUGA